AUGAAGCCUCACUUGUAUCAGCUCCUCGUGGGGUUAUUUGCCUCGCUGGGCUCUUUCCUGUUUGGCUAUGACCUCGGCGUCAUUGGCGGCGCUGUCGCUUCGGCUUCCUUCGUAGCAACGUUCCAUAACCCGUCGGUGAAUGAAAUCGGUGCCGUCGUGUCCGUCUUCACGGGAGGAGCCUUCUUCGGCGCUGCUGUGGCAGGUAUCACUGCCAAUCGCCUUGGCCGCCGCUGGACCAUCAUCUUGGGCUCUUUGAUCUUUUGUCUUGGCGGCGCCCUGCAAACGUCCGCCCAGAACCUCGGAUAUCUUUACAGCGGCCGGUCGAUUGCAGGUCUCGGUGUCGGCGUUCUCGUCAUGAUCAUCCCCCUGUAUCAAGCCGAGAUUGCCCAUCCAGCUAUUCGCGGACGUCUGACAGGGCUGCAACAACUCUUCAUUGGAUUAGGAGCUACGACCGCGGUGUUUACCGCACACGGGACGGUCAGCAAUUUUGUCAGUGACAAACAGUGGCGCGUGCCUCUCGGCAUCCAGAUCAUCCCGGCUGGCAUUCUAGGAGCCCUGAUACUCCUGUUCCCAGAGUCGCCCCGUUGGCUCAUGGAUCACGACCGACACCAGGAGGCGCUCCAAACGCUUGCGAAACUUCACUCCAACAAUGACCUUAACGACACAUGGGUUCUGGCAGAAUAUGAGCAGAUCAAGCGUACGAUCCAAGACGAGAAGGAAAAUGGUGCUUCGAGUUUAUACGAGCUCUUCAAGGACCCGGCAUCUUUUCGGCGACUAGUUCUUGUCACAGCCAUACAGGCGUCCGUCCAGAUGACCGGAGUCUCCGCAAUCCAAUACUUUUCCCCGAGCAUCUACAAACAGGUCGGAGUUGGGACAGCGCAGGCACUACUAUACCAAGGCAUUUCAUAUAUCUGGGGCAUUGCCGGUCAACUGUGUACCGUCCUCUUCAUCGACCGCAUUGGACGACGUUGGCCCCUGAUUCUUGGGAAUCUUACCUGCUCCGUCAGUUUCAUCGUUACAGCUGCCGUUAUAGCCAGGUUCAACGACGUCGGCCCAUCGGCACAAGUGGGUCUCCUCUGGACGUUCCUCGUCUUCGGAUGGAUCUUUCAAUUCGCCUUCUCUAUGUGCUGUGGCUCGCUCUCCUGGGUCAUUCCCUCAGAGAUAUUUGAUACCAAAACUCGAGCUCAUGGGGUCGCAAUUGGCUGCCUUGUCAGUUUCGCCUUCAACACAAUGAUCGGACAGAUCACGGAUCCUGCCAUUGCGUCACAGGGCUGGCGGUAUUUCCUCCUCUUUGUCAUCUGCAACGUCACCAAUGCCAUUUUCUUCUGGGCAUUUUUGCCGGAGACCAAGGGCAUCCCGCUCGAAGAGAUGAAUCGCUUGUUCAAAGAGACAGGUUGGUUCGUUCCGGCACACAAAGGCAAGCGUCAAACCACCGAACUCGCGGUCACGCAGAAGGAGAUCGAGGAGAAAUCUGGGACUGCUCAUGUAGAGUCCUCACCCUAA